AAUUAAAGCGUUGAUUGCAUUUUGCAAUACAAUAUUAAUAUUCUUCAUGGAAUGUUAAUUAUUCGAUUUAAUAAGAACCAAUACGUGAUUGUUAAUGUUAUUUCAUUGUUUGAUAUAUUUCAAUUAUAACUGCAAGAUGAGGUAAACUAUGGCAGCAAAAUACACCAGACUUUCUACGGAGGACCCAGACAGAGGCCAGAGGGUAACGUUUGACUUCUCCUCUUAUAACGCAUUUGGAACAGGGGAAAUCGCAGAUAAAAACUACAAGUCCAUCUUCUCAUAUGGACUAGAUGACAAGCGCAUGGCUCAAAAUGGCCUCUCUGUAUCAGUUGUUUCAGUGAAGGAGCCUCUGUUGUCAAGGGUAUGCAGGUACCUGAUCACUGUGCUGUGUGUGCUGUUCUGCAUCGCCACAUUCCCCAUCUCAGCCAUAUUUGUCAUAAAGACAGUGUCAGAAUGUGAGAGACUGGUUGUGUUCAGACUGGGACGGCUACAGAAGGUCAAGGGCCCUGGUGUUAACUUUGUGCUGCCAUGUAUUGACAGGGUGAAGAAAGUUGAUAUGAGAAUAAAGGCAUUUAAUGUCCCUCCUAUACAGCUGAUAACAACAGAUGCGGGCAUCAUAGAGCUGGGUGCCGAUGUGUAUUUCAGGAUCACUGAUGCGAUCAAGUCUGUGACAAAUGUACAGGACAUGAACACGUCUCUGCGUGGGCUUGUUAGAAACUCUGUGAUGAACUCGCUCACAAAACAUGACCUGCAGGAUAUAGAGAAUAAACAGAUAGUUCUCAUGGAGCAAGUCAAGGAGAGCUGUAACAACACUGCUGUUCCCUGGGGCGUAGUGCUAGAGAGAAUACAACUGUCUCCCAUCAAGGUGUUACAGGCUGCGAAGGACCCUGGCAUACUUCCAGGGCUUGGGGGCCAGGGAGGGAUCUCACAGGUGUUCCAGCAAUUAACUCAGUCCCUGUUUCCAGAUAUGGCCCCGUCCAUGACUACCAAGAAACAAGAGGUCAACAUGGAAACAGUUGCCAUGGGUGAUGCAGACGGGGCGGUUGGGUGUGAGGAUGUUGCCGUGGAGGUAAAGGUUACACCCGGUAGUCUUGUGGAUCUUGUCCGUGGGGUACUCGGGGAGAGUUUGGUGAGGGCUGUCGGAGCCACAUACCAGUUUAAGCUGUCCGGACCCAGCGGCGGCACAUUCUACCUGGAUCUCAGUCAUGGUACAGGGUCGGUAGGGCAGGGCCCAGACCCGAGAGGAAACCCAGAUGUUACCUUGGAGCUCACCACGCAGGAUAUGCAGAGAAUGUUCUCCGGGAACCUGAAGCCCCUCUCCGCAUACAUGAGCGGGCGGCUACGUGUGACAGGUGACCUCUCAGCGGCUACAAGGCUAGAGGAAGUUAUGGAGAGAAUUAUAAAUAAAUCCAACAGUAGCACUGUAGCUGGCCAUACUGUUGUCAAUAUUUAGUGACUUCAAAUUUGUCUCCAUUUAACAUGAGCCAGAGGGUUCCAAUGUUAGGUGUUUUCAGAAGAUACUAGGCUUGGGAUAAAUGAACGAUAAAUCCAAACAGUCGCAUAGUUGCUGGAGAUAUACUAUUACUGUGGUAAAAGUUUUCAUGCUUCUUAUUCAAUUACGAACCAUGUGUCAUCAUCUGUAUUGGAUUAUGUCCGCAAGUAGAAAACGAGAACCAACAAAUAGAAUCAUCUUACAGUUACAGUGCAUAUCAAUAAUCCAGUAACCAAUGUAAACAUAGAAUUAAAGAUGGCAAUGUUCAGUUACUUGCUAUUUUGGGUACUUUUCUGUGGGUUAUUAUAGUGAUUACUGAUGGUAAAAUACAUCACCCUAUUGCAAGAAUUCAAUAAACUGCUAUUGAUACAUACUAUUAUUGAGUUUCACAUUAAAGUGAUGAUGUGAACUGUUAUUCAAAUGUUUUGUGUUUGUAUUUACAUCAGUGGAUGUUAAACUUACUAUAUUAUUGUUGUCUGUGAUAUUCAUUGUGAUUUAUACAUUGUAUGGAUCAUUUCAUGUUUACUGUUGAUGAACAUUGUGCAUGCAUAGAUGAUUUCAUGGUUAACAAUGGUUACUGUUGAUGUACAUUGUGCAUGCAUAGAUAAUUUCAUUGCUAUCAAUGGUUACUGUUGAUAUACAUUGUGCAUGCAUAGAUAAUUUCAUAGUAACCAUUGGUUACUGCUGAUAUACAUUGUGCAUGCAUAGAUAAUUUCAUGGUAACCAAUGGUUACUGUUGAUACUUUGAGCAUGCAUAGAUAAUUUCAUGGUUACCAAUGGUUACUGUUGAUACAUUGUGCAUGCAUAGAUAAUUUCAUGGUAACCAAUGGUUACUGUUGAUACAUUGUGCAUGCAUAGAUAAGUUCAUGGUUACCAAUGGUUACUGUUGAUACAUUGUGCAUGUAUAAAUCAUUCACGGUACCUGUGUGUUUUAUAAUGCAUUAUUGACUUAACUAAGCAUUCUAUACCCUCCCUUGUAAAAACAGUGUAAUCUAUCACUUCUUUAGGUUUCUGCCUUGCUCUCUCUUAUCGUCAUGUCUUUUAUUUUAUAAUAGUUUUUCUAAGACUUUAAACCAAACAAUGACUGCAGAAGUUGGAAAAAAAACAACCAUUUUCAGUUUUCUAUUCUUUCCAACUGUUACCAUUGUGUUAUUUGUUUUGUCAAAUAAAUGUCAAGGUCCAUAAGUGUUUAUUAAAAAUAAAACCAAUAUAUAAAACUGUUCAGCCGAUAUGGAUUCUCAGAUGCCAGUUAUUGUUUUCAGAUUGAUAUGUAACAAUUUCGAGAAUAUAGGGAUAACUACUUUUUAAAGUGGUGUUAAAUUUAGUAUUCAAAAUGGUCAAUGCAAGGUCUUACUUGUAAACUUAUAGAGAUCUCAUCAUGAUAUUUUCAGUAUUGCUUCCUAAAAUGUUAUUUAAAUGAAUUAAGCAAUCAAACAAUAUUGUACCAAAAUUAGGCUCAUAUUACCUUUUUUCAGAAGUUUUGUAUAAGUUUGUCUGUUUUUCGAAGAAGCAGGGAAAAUAUCUUAUCAGUUUUGAUGUAAUUGUCAGUGGGUUGGCCAUAACGUUGAAAAACACUUUUGAUGUAGACAUGUCAUUUAGUACACAUUUAAUAUUUGUCCAGUAACUAUAUCGUUUGUGUAGUGAUUCCAAUAAUUCUAAAAUAUUUGAUAAAUUAUGCCCCUUGAUUGACUGGUAAAAAAGGACAUGUUGUUUGUGUGUGAAGAAUACAGCAGCUACCUUUAUUUCCAUAGGUGUUCUUGUCUUUGUUUUCUGCAAGUAAAGUACUGUAACAAUACUAAAGGGUGUAAAUGAAUGUUUCAAAUUUUUUAAGUUUUCACAGGUUAUUGUUAAGCUAGUGUGCACAUUUAAUGAUCACAUUUAAUGGGUAAAUAGUAAUUGUCGGAAAGAUAUUGACCUUCCAAUAAAUGUUUUGGCUAUCAUUGACCAAGACUUAACCAGAUUUGUACAAUCGGAUGGUGAUAGUCAUAUUGAAAUGUUUUUGUACUUACAAUAAGUGAUCCAUAUUACGAGUAGUUUGCGAUGCUAGCAGAUCUUCACAAAGUGUUGAGUAUAAACAAUAUUUUAUUUAUGUGUUUUUAUUAUUUAUUUAUUUUUAAUUUAUAUCUGAUAGACAUAAUAAACUUUAUAAAGUGA